AAAAGUUUAUAGAGCAAGUGGAGAUCACACGCAUGCAGCAAAUUAAAGGUUUGCUUCGUCAUCGGAGCAGACGAUCGAUCGAUGCCCAUGGCUGUUGACUCAUUGAAGUCGUCUAAGCACGUCUGCGUCGUCGGCGCUGGCCCCUCUGGUCUCAUCUCUGCCCGCGAGCUCCUCAAGGAAGGCCACUCCGUCGUCGUGCUGGAGCAGAACCACGACCUUGGCGGCCAGUGGCUCUACCAAGAUGCCGACGCCACUGCCACAGUCCACAGCAGCGUCUACGCCUCCUUGCGCAUCAACACUCCCAGAACCUCCAUGGAGUUCACCGACUUCAUGUUCACUCCCGUCGAAGGAAGAGACACCAGGAAUUUCCCCGGCCACCGUGAGCUCUUCCUCUACCUCAAAGACUUCGCCCGGUGUUUCGGGUUGACCGAACUCAUCAGGUUCAACGCAGAAGUAGUCCAUGUCGGCUUGGCGACACCAACUCACAAAUGGAUUGUGAGAUCAAGGGACAGGAGAACUGAUGGUGGUGAGUUCGCGGAAGAGAUCUUCGAUGCUGUUGUCGUCGCCACUGGCCCUUUCUCCCUGCCCAGGCUUCCAAAAAUCAGGGGAAUGGAGGAGUGGAAGAGGAAGCAGCUUCACUGCCAUGUCUACAGAAUCCCAGAUCCCUUCCAAGAUGAGGUGGUGGUGGUCGUUGGUGGUUCAAUCAGUGGACCAGAGAUUGCUCUGGAACUUGUUCAUGUUGCCAAAGAAGUUCAUAUAAGUACUAAACACUCCGAAAUCCCCGAGAAACUAGUGAAGCCUGUGGCCAAGCAUGCACAUCUGCACUGGCACCAAGAGAUAGAGUUGCUUUGUGAAGAUGGAACUGUUCUAUUUGCUGAUGGUUCAAGUGUAGUUGCCGAUACUAUUCUCUACUGUACUGGGUAUUCAUAUUCAUUUCCAUUCCUGGACACCAAAGGAAUCAUCCAUGUGGAUGAGAACAGAAUUGGACCUUUGUAUGAACACACAUUUCCUCCCUCUCUCGCUCCAUCCCUUUCUUUUGUUGGGAUUCCAAACAAGUUUAUCAUCUUUCGAUUUCUUGAGUCGCAAGCGAGAUGGAUAGCUCAGGUGCUCUCUGGAAAGAGGAAGCUUCCAUCGGCAGAUGAGCUGAUGAAAGCAAUCGAAGAAGUCGAACGCCAUCAAAAGCUCGAGGAACCAAAAUAUUUCAUACAACUAGCUGCUGAAUUAUUGGAGUAUUACGAUAGGUACGGAGAUCAAUGUGAUUUUCCACACUUAGAAGAUUGGAGAAGAGAGAUCAUAUUGAAGGACUUGGAAAAUUGUUUAAACAAUAUUGAAACAUUCAGGGAUGAAUAGCAAGGAUGGUAAUUUGUCUCUCUGAAUUUUUGUUGUACUUUUGGUAUCUAGUUUGUCAUUGAUCGAUGAACUAAGAAUAAAAUUUAGAUAAUGAUGCCUUUUGAGUCUUUUUGUAUUUAUAACUGGGCUAUUCUUUAUGUGAUAUUUUUUGUUAUUUUUAUUUUUUUUA